AUGAACGUUUUACCCCAACAGUGCAGAGACGUGGCAAUUAACUUGCUGAAUGUGUCAUGUCAACCAAAGUUUACAACAGACAAAGAUGAUGAUAGACCAUUUAACAUCCUAACCCUGGCCUGGCAAAAACGCUUAUAUUCCGAUACAGGCUAUGCUUCAUCAAUUGGAGAUCAUUCAGAUAUCCGCAUCGAUCCGCACCAAAACACUACGUUUCAGCAAUAUUCUCGCUGGACAGAUAUUCUGAAAUCGUUAAUCAUGGGAAAAAAUGAAAUGCUUAAGAGCACUAUCUCUGCACAUGCCGAUUUCCUUGAAGCAGACCAAAUGAGAUCCUUCGUCCCGGCAUGUACGUUGACUGUGCCAGACGUCAGUUCAGAAGUCAAGGAAGGUGUCAUAACAAGGCAUUUUUGUGAAUUUAGCAUGUCUUUCAACCAUGCACAAAUUGUGUCAGUUCUUUUUGGUUCCGAAUCCCAGAAGGGUGUUCUCCUACCGUAUCCGCAGUUAUUAGAACUAACAAAUAACGUGAAGUUUUGUUUGCAACACGUGCAGGACCCAGUGAAGUAUUUGGCUACGUACGCAACGAGGGCUGUACAUUCUGCUCAUUACCGGUCAAUAGACGAAUACCUGAAGACAUGGAUGCCAUUACUGCGAAUGGAAAACACGACAUUAGCAGCUAGAGAGGAUUCAAUUACGAUAAAUGACCUUACGGUAACAUUGAACGAAAUUGACGGAUCAUUUAUACUAACAAAGACGUUUUGUGAUAUUAGAAACAUUGUGUGCAAUGCGAAAUCAAUGUCUUUCCUUUUGUAUGAAAAUGAAAAUGACAAAUCAAAAGGUCAACACGAGUAUGUCCCAUGCUUGGAUUUCUUGUGUAUCAAAUGUCCCUAUAUCGACAGCAACACAGCCCACAAAGGAACUCCUGGAGGAAAACGAAUUUGGCUAGCUCAUGGUCAAGUCGACAAGAUUGAAAGUAGAAAAGGGGAAAUUUUGGUUCACUUCAAGCUUCAUGGGACAAGCCCAAGACGACCGGCACUGUUACAGAAACGUUCUACGCAUGUCUGCAGUGUGGAGAUUCUUACCAAACUCGAGUCGGACAGAAGAACAGAGGCUGCCCUGUUGUGUCUUCCCAAAGCGAAACCUGUUGCUUUGGAAGCUGCCCUCGGACAAAAGAGUAACCAUUUAGACAGAAAUUACUUAAGAUUAGCGCAACAAAUGGAAACAGAAGUGAAUGUGUUGGGUCUGGCCCCCAACAAUCCCAAACAGCGCCAGGCAAUAUUCACAGCUCUUUGUGCAGCGGAUCUAGACUAG